CGCCCCACCAAACCCCCCUCCCUACCACAACAGUAGAAUAGUAGAGAGACCGUCUACAGUGACAGCCACUCUGCAGCCGUGUGCCCUGCGGCUGGUGUAAUAGUGUACAGUGAGUCCGAAAGUGCGACUUCUGAACCACCCGCGCGCUGCCUAACUGCUCAGGAAAUUUUACGGAGUUUUCGAAACAUAAUUUCCCCAAAGGAGUGACGAGAUUCUGGAAUUACUGGAGUUGUGGACAAGUGCGGGAAUAGGUUGUCGCUCAAGAGCAACUCAUAUUUCGAGGAAGGGCAGACUUUUGAACAGCGGGAGUUCAGGAUGGAGAAAGCGUCACUGUUUUUUCCCCUUGUCAUUCUACUGAUACAAUGCCUCCCCAUUGUCCCUGUUACCGUGUCAACAACCACGCCCAAGGUGGAGGUCCACGAGAACUCCGAUGCGGUCCUGAGCUGUGAUUUUCGGACAGAGAAGGAACAGAAUCCUCGAAUCGAGUGGAAGAAGAAAGGAACAGAUGUAUCAUUUGUUUACUAUGAGGGACACUUCAGAGGAGCCUUUGCGGGGCGUGCAAGGAUCAAGGGGGCAACGGUGACCCUACAGAGGGUGACCCAGAAAGACGCGGGCGAAUACCGCUGUGAGAUCACUGCCCCUCACGACACCAUCACCCUGGGGGAGACUAACAUCACCCUCGAAGUCUUGGUGCCCCCCCACACCCCAUCCUGUGAGAUCCCCAGCUCGGCCUUGACGGGCUCUGUGGUGCAGCUGCGCUGUAGGGACCAGCAGAGCAUCCCCCCAGCCACCUACUCCUGGUACAAAGAUGACAAGCCGCUGACCCCCUCCCGCAUGGCCAACGCCACCUACCACCUCAACCCAAUCACGGGCAUACUGGAGUUUAAGACUGUGGCGAGAGGCGACACGGGACAGUACAGCUGUCUGGCAUCCAACAAAGUGGGGCCGCCCAAGAUGUGUGAGGCUAAACACAUGAAGAUAGAGGAUGUAAACAUGGCAGGGGUCGUGGCUGCGGUCGUGGUCAUCUGUCUGGUCAUCGCCAUUUGUGGCUUCGGGGGGUACUAUGCACACCGUAAUGGCUACUUCAGCAAACACAGAGGAAGGUCCUUUUGGAUCCCUCAGUGUCAUGGUGUGGCCCACAUCAGCAACCAGGACCUCCAUAGAACAAAAGACAAGACUAAUGCCAACUACAACCCUCCACCCCAAGACCCUGCGGACUUCAAACACACCCAGUCCUUCAUGCUGUGAGGACCUCGACAACCCCCUGGAAGACACCACUGGAGUAGUUUCAUUCCACCCAAAUGAAUAGCUCUAAGAAUAGUUAAUUAUAUUUUUUGGGACUGACCAACCCUGCUCUCCUCACCCUUGUGGAUGGAUAGCAAGGGGGGGGACAGACAACUCUGCAUAGAGGCCAUUUAUUCCUCCUGUUUUGCUUUCCCUGGGCCCUCAAUGCAAGCCUAUUAUAUUAGUCACAUGGUACUCUACUUCUCUCUGGUGGCCAAGUUGUUAAACUACAGCAUAUCGCCAUGUUGUGGUGGACCCAUGGAAUUACGUCCCACACAUGCUCACUUCCCCCUCAACUGGCCAAAACAUGAACUACCUAAAUCUUAUUUUAUACCAAAGACGUGAACAUGGCAUCUGAGUGUAAUAUACUGUACAUAUUUUCUGAAGGCUAUUGGAUAAGGCUAUUGAUGUGAAUUUAAGGUGAAGUUGUGCAUACAAGGUAGCCAUCACAUUAGGCCUCCCGAGUGACGCAGCAUCUCAGUGCAAGAGGUGUCACGACAGUCCCUGGUUCAAAUCCAGGCUGUAUCACAUCCGGUCGUGAUUGGGAGUCCCAUAGAGCGGCGCUCAAUUGGCCCAGCGUCGUCUGGGUUUGGCUGUCAUUGUAAAUAAGAGUUUGUUCUUAACUGACCAAUCCAUUUUCUUCUGAGGGCAGUACUCGCGUAGAUCUCAUUCAGUCGGUUUGGAUUUUUAUUUAACCUUUACUUAACUAGGCAAGUCUGUUAAGAACAAAUUCUUAUUUACAAUGAUGGCCUACCCCGGCCAAACCCUAACGACGCAGGGCCAAUUGUGCGCCACCCUAUGGGA